CUUCCCCCAUUCAUUUCCAUGCGUCCAAGGCUCAUCAAUGGCGCAGCCCUGACGUCCACCCUUCCCCUCUCUUCCUUCCUUUGCCUAUCCUCUCUCUCUCUCUCUAUUGUUCGGUUUCGGGCGCACCGCCAUGGCCGCUGCUUCUUCGUCUUCAUCUUCGGCUUCUUUCUUCUUCUUCCUCUUCCUUUUCCUCUUCGUUGUCUCUCUCCAUGUUCCGAACUCCCGCGCCGCGAAACUCCCUUUUCACCCUGGGGACGUUCUCCCCCUGCUGCCUAGACAGGUGUCUUGGCCAAUCCUCAACCGCCUCCGUGGCGCUGUCGACCUCCUCCCCUCCUUCGUCGGCGCCGCCUCCGAACCGUCCGGCAAUGGCACCAAAUUGAGCUGGAAAGGCGCGUGCUUUAACAACAACACUGCAUGGAUUGAGUUCCACAAUAAAACUGGGAGUGAAUUCGGAGGCGGCACUGUUCAUAUCGAGGUUAGCAAAGCCCACAGUUGGACUUGUAUGGAUCUCUAUGUGUUUGCUACUCCAUACCGUGUGACGUGGGAUUACUACUUCUUGUCCCGAGAGCACACACUUGAGAUCAAGGAAUGGGAAGGGAAAGCGGAGUUUGAAUAUGUUAAAAACAGGGGAGUUUCAAUCUUCCUCAUGGAAGCUGGGAUGCUCGGAACGCUUCAAGCGCUGUGGGAUGUCUUCCCGUUGUUUACGAACACAGGGUGGGGUGAGAAUUCCAACAUUGGAUUCCUCAAGAAGCACAUGGGUGCUACCUUCAAGCAGCGCCCUCAACCUUGGGUGACAAAUGUCACUGUCGAUGAUAUUCAUUCUGGGGAUUUUCUAGCGAUAUCAAAAAUACGAGGGCGGUGGGGUGGUUUUGAGACAUUGGAGAAGUGGGUCAGUGGAGCCUACGCUGGUCACACUGCAGUAUGCUUAAGGGACUCAGAGGGAAAGCUCUGGAUCGGUGAAUCAGGGAAUGAGAACGAACAGGGAGAAGACGUCAUUGCUAUCUUGCCAUGGGAUGAAUGGUGGGAGUUUGAGCUGAAGAAGGAUGAUUCCAAUCCGCAUAUUGCAUUGCUUCCGCUGCACCCUGACAUGCGAGCAAAAUUCAAUGAGACCGCUGCUUGGGAGUAUGCAAAAAGCAUGGAGGGAAAGCCAUAUGGCUACCAUAACAUGAUCUUUAGUUGGAUAGACACUAUUGAUGGAAAUUACCCUCCUCCCUUGGAUGCUCAUUUGGUUGCUUCUUUCAUGACAGUGUGGAAUCAAAUAAAGCCUGCUUAUGCUGCUAACUUGUGGAAAGAAGCCUUAAACAAACGUCUUGGAACUGAGGGAUUGGAGCUUCCAGAUAUUCUUGUAGAAACCGAAAGGCGUGGCUUAUCAUUUGAUGAACUGUUGACCAUCCCAGAGCAGGAUGAUUGGUUAUACACAGAUGGAAAGUCAGCAUCAUGCAUUGCUUUCAUUCUCGAAAUGUAUAAGGAGGCGGGACUGUUCGACCCAAUUGCCGACUCUAUUCAAGUCACAGAGUUCACAAUAAAAGAUGCCUACUCUUUGAGAUUCUUCGAGAACAACUCGAGCCGCUUGCCAAAGUGGUGUAAUGAUGGAGACGACAUCAACCUCCCCUUUUGUCAGAUCCGGGGAAAGUAUCGGAUGGAACUCCCUGGAUAUAAUACGAUGGACCCGUAUCCUCAUAUGAACGAAAGGUGCCCAUCUAUGCCUCCUAAAUAUUUCAGGCCCCAAAAUUGCUGAAGCAUUUGUACGUUCUCCUCUUCAGAAUUAUGUUCUUUAGAAAAACCUAUUAAUCUGUGUAAAUAUUUACCGACAAUGUCAAGCCAUUAGAAUGCUGAAAGAAAGUACGUCGGUAUUUGCUGUAAAUAGAUUGUUAGAAAGUAGCCGAGGAAAUUGAUAGGCCUAGUGUUGCAGGAUGUACAUUGUAAUAGAUACUGUUUAUCAUUUCGGAUGGAAUAAAUAGCCCUACUGUUUGUCAUUUGAAACA